AUGAUGGCUGUGAUGACCCGGCAGAUCGCCCAGGCAUCAUGCGUCGCCUACUUCAUCGCGAGCCUUGUGGUGCCCCAAACUGUGAACGCUCAGAUGGGCCUGGUGUUUUGCAACCCCCUCUGUUCCCAUGACAGUGGCCACCCGGACCAUAAUCUGGUGAGCUCCCUGGAUCUUAUGGUGCAGCUGCACGACGCGAUUGUGCAGCAGGACUGGCCCACGGCCCUCGUCGAGGUUGAUUUCAGCUCGAGUCUGAGAUCUUUCGCCGUGGCGCUGAGGGCCCUCUCCGAAAAAGCGGGGCCUCCCAUGUGCGCGGCGUCGUUUUGUGGGGACGCCCCGUUUCUGGAUACUUUGCGGUCGGCUCUACAGGAAUGCAGCUUGGUCUCCGUGGCAGCUUCGGCCGUAUUCCUGUUGCGGGCCCCACCCGAUGACCCCUGCUGCGGCGCCCUGCGGGCGGCCGCCUACGUCGCCAGCGCAGAGGCGCUGAGCCUGAGCCGCGGGGCUCCCCGGCCCCUCGCGGGAGCAGGGGCUGAAGCACCUUCAUUCCUGCGGAAAGGCCAGGCUGCGUAUGUAGCCUGGCUUCGGCGACUCCAGACCCUGGGCCACGAUGACGGAUAUGGGCUGGUGCUACACGCGUUCCUGGCACCCGGAGCACACGAGCUGUUCCAGGUCCUGUGUCGAAGCACCUGCCCGUUCACACAACGAUCCUCCGACUCCGACCUUCCGGGUGGUUCCUGCCCACAUUCUCAAGCCUUGCGCGACAUGGCUGAAAGAUGGGCGGCUUCCUUCCGCGACUUGUACGGCGGCUGCCGAGCGUGGCUGGAGCACAUGAGGUCAGAGACGUUAUACGCCGUGGAGUUCUCCACUCACUCCACCUCGCAGGCACCCGGAGGCGGGGAAUGCGUGCUGGAAGCCGUUGCUGCUUUGGAUGCCGCAUGCGCCGACGGCCUCAAGGCCAAGGGAGUUCUGGUGGUUGCUGGAGGGCAGAAGAAGGUCAUGUCGCCUGUAUGGGAGCAAGGAGUCGGCUUCGAUGCGACCCCGCUUCAGCACUUGCAGGAAGAUUGCGAGGUCCCCAUCUUGAUGCUAGAUGUUGGUCCAGGGGAGCAACUACAAAUCCUUAGGAGCAUGGCACAGUUGCUGAGCCAAGGGCGAGUGUUCGGCAUUCUCACUCGAUUGCACAAUCCGUAUCAUUGGCCUGCAGCUGAUGACCCCUUGGCCGUUUAUGAGUUUUUGGCUUGGCACGGCUACCUACUCGGGCCGCUCGACGAUCUGGACAGAACCUUCACUGCGGUGGGCACGGUGCAGCUUGAGGUGGCGUCCGCGGAUGCAGUCAGUGACCUUCUCGCCGUUGCUUUUCCGAGAAGUCUCAGACCUGCUGCACGUUUUGUGUCGGAUCCCGAGAUCACGGACUCCUUCGCCUCGGCGCUCCGGUCGAGUUGUGUAGCUGCGCAGCGGCACAAGCCCAACAGCUGGGUGGAGGUGGACACGCGGCAACUCCUCCAAAAGGUCCAGCAGUUGACAGUGCAGCUGUCGUCUUUGCCGCAGCAACGCCGGCGCAUUAGCGCCCUUCUUCCGUCGGAUGCAUUGGGUCAUGACAGUCUUCUUGCCGGCCUGACGCUGGCUGCCUCUCUUCAUGUGGCCACCUUGUUUGUGGAGAACGUGGCGGUGGCCCUUCAGCUCGCAUCGAAGAUGGGCAUUCCCACAGGUCGCACCAAGGCACCUGAAAUUGUGCUCUUGCACCAACCUCCCCAGAUCAACCUAUGCAGCCUCGUCAACGCCGGUGUCGCCAUCGCCGUCCAAUCCUUCCGCUGGAUCCUGGCAAGCCACCGCUGCCGGCGUCCUGUGAAGAUACACCUAGAGAUAGAUACAGGAAUUGGCCGAACGGGCUUGAGACCUGGGAUUGCCCUAGGCGCCGUGUAUUUCGUCUUGCAACACCCGAGGUUCUCCCUGAGAAGCAUGUACACCAAGCUGUGCUGCGUCAGGGACUUGGUUCUCACCGGCAACGCCUUGAGGCAGAUGUCGCGGCUUGAGGCCCGUGCUGAGGCACUUCUGCAUGGAUCUGGCAGGGCGCGGCAGGUCGCGAUUCAAGUCGGCGGCGGCCUGGCCAGAUUGGACGCUGCUCCCGUCGCCGCUGCUUUACCACCGCAUUGGUGGGUUCGGGUUGGCCAAGGCCUGUUCGGUGAUCCGGUGCUUGGAAACCUUGCACCUUUGGCAAUGACCUGGAAGACCACGGUGUCGAGCACAAGCUUCUUUCCUGAGAACACACGCAUGGGCUAUUGCCCGCAGGGUGCCGAUUGCGACAACCGAACACGUAUUUUGAAGGAUACUCAUGCCGCCAUCCUCCCAGUUGGCUUCGCGGAGUUUUACGGGGAUGCCGUGUGGACCAGCAGCGGGCAACAGCUUCCUGUUCUAAAUUCAGCCGCAAGCACGACCAGCGUGGAGUUCUCAGAGCAUGCGCCACUGUCAGUUGGAGAAGAAGUGACGUUAUGUUCGAGGUGUCCAUUGGGCACCGUUCCUUGGAGCAUACCGCGGUUUCCCAGCAAAGGCUUACCUGCCUUGGUGCCAUGCUCUUCGGUGGUUUGGUAG